AUGGAAGCGAUUAAUUGUUUUAAUGCAUCAUAUGAAAAUAACAAAAAUAUAGACGAGUAUCUUAUUAAUAAUGGAAAAUUAAAUUUCUUAAUUGAUUAUUUGAUUAACCACAGUUAUAUAAAUUAUAAGAAAAAUAUUUUUCUAUUAUUUAAUAAUAUAUAUUCCCCAUAUGAUUCUUUAGAACAAAACAAGAAGAAUGAAGCAAAUAUAGAAGCAAAAAGUACAUAUAGAAAUGAACGAAAAAAGAAAUAUAUCAUCAAAGUAUACGAUAUAAAAAGACGAUCACAUAUGGUAUUUAAUUUUUUAAAAAAAAAAAGAAUAUAUAAAAUCAGUAAACGUGCUUAUGUGAAAUUAAUGUAUUUACAAAAAAAAAAAUAUAUAGACAAUAUAAAAUGGAAAAAAAUAUAUACUAUGAAAAAUUUAAAAAAAAAAAUUUUGGAUAAAAAAGGAAAAAGGUUAAAAAAAAAAUUGUAUUUAAAUAGGUUUAUGGAAAAUAAGAACAUAAAUGGGUUCGAAAAAAUGUUAAAAUGGAAAAGAAAUUCUUAUAUUUAUUUUGAGGUUAUGUUUUCAGAAAAAAUGAAAGUUUUGUUUUUAAGAUUACUUAAAUUCAUAUCAAAAUCUAUUAAUUCAAAAUUAAGUGAACAUUUUCAAAUUUUCUUUUUAAUUUUUAAAUACAGUUAUGAAUAUGAAUGGAUGAAAUCUUUAACUUGUCAACAAAAUUAUAUGAUUUUUUUUAGUUCUAAAGACAAUAGUUAUAAAAAAAAAAACAAAAAAAAUUUGUUAGUAUUUUUAUAUAUUUUAAAAAAAAAAUAUAUCUCAUAUAUGAUCGGUAUAAAAAAUCAUAAAAAUAAAAAAUUAAUGUGUGAUUUGUUUGAUAAUUAUUCUUUUAAAUUAAAAAAUUUAAAUUUAUUUUUUAAUACACUUCAAAAAAAUAAAAUUUGCUUAAAAAUUUUGGAACAAUUUUUUUUUUUAGUAAAUAGUUUUUAUAAAGAGUUCAUAAAUACAAGUAUAUGGAAAAAUAUAUAUUAUAUUGAUAAUCAUACCUAUUCACUAGAAAAGAGACUUCUUAUUAUUAAUAAUUCAAGUAGUCUUAGGGGAAUAAAUAUAUUUUUAAAAAUAAAUGGAUUUACUGAAAAAAAUGUAUUAUAUAGAGGAAUGUUCAAUUUUAAGAAAUUUCAAGUAUGUAAUUUUCCAGAAUUUAAAAAUUUACUAAUAUUACAAAUGAAUGAAUUUGAUAUUAUGAUGUGGUUAAUUUAUUUAGAUAUAAUCAAUAAUUCGACUGAAGUUAUUUUAAAGAAUCCAUUAAUGGUAGAUGAACAUUUUUUUUUAGUGUUUUGCAUAUACAUAUACAAAAAAUAUUUUCUUCCUAAUAAAUUAGUGUUUAAUAUUUUAAAUAUAAAUAGAAAACUUUCAAAAGAAUAUAAGGAAAGUAACAAUUUUACUUUUCUAAAUAAAAAAUUUUUAUUUUUUAUUUUUUUUGUGAAAUUAAUAAAUUAUAAUAAAAAUUUUAUUGAAUAUAUUUUUAAUGACAGAACAGUACAUGCUACUGUUACACAUAAUAUUUUUUUAAGUAAAGAAAAUGAAGUUUUCUAUUUUUCUAAAAGUAUUGUUAUAUACAAUUCAAGUUAUCAAAUUGCAAAUAAUAUUUUAUGUAUGAAAGCAGUUCAAAAAUUACAGGAAUAUUUAAUGCAAAAUAAUUUUAAAAAUAAUUUUUUUUUUUGUAUUGUAAGUUGUUUAAACAUUUAUAGAAAAAAAUAUACAAAUAUACUUUUUGCAAAUAAAUAUAGGGAAGUUUUUUUUUCUAUAUUACAUAAAAUUUAUAUUAAAAAUACCUUUUUUUUAUUGUUUUUUGAAGAAUUUCCUCAUAUUUUAGCAUUUGAUGAAUUAAUAAAAUAUGAGGAAAUACUAUACAUUUUAUAUAUUUUAAUAAAUAUAUUUAAUCUUUUACUUUAUAUAUGUUUUCUUCAUUUUAUAUUUCAUAUUUGCCAUUUUAUAAUUGUAGUAGUAAAUUUCUUAAAUUGCAAAUUCUUACUUUUCAAAACAAAGAAUAAGAAAAAGGAAAAUUUAUUAGAUUAUAACGAACUCAAAAGAAUAAAAGAAUUCAGUUUUAGUUUUAACCAUAUAAAUAAAAAGGAAAAAUGGAAAAAUAAAUAUUUAGAUAAAAAAGUACAAAAAGAGAACAUUAAAAUAAGUGAGCACAACAAAAAAAAAUAUUACUUGGAAAAUAAAAGUUCGGUAUGUGUUAACUGUAAAUCAAAAUUACAAAAAGAUGUUGUAAUAAAAGAGAGGAAAACUCAAUGUAAAUUUCUUUUAGCUCAUAAGAAGAAAAAAAUAGAAAAUAAUAAUAAUAAUAUAGAUAAAAAUGAAAAAAAAAAAAAAAGACAGAAGAAACAUUAUUGUGAGGAUUUUAUAUUUGUAAAUGAAGUUGAUAAUAUAGAAAACAAAGAGAAUAAUUAUGUUAUGAAUACUGAAGAAAAUAUUUAUGAAAAUAUCUAUAAUGAAGAGAAAAAUAAAAAUGAUGAUAGUUACAUAAGUAAAAAGGGAGAAAAUCUUUAUUGUGAAGAUAAAAAAGCAAGAAAGAAAGGUAAAAAAAAAGCAAAAAGAGAAACUAAGUUAAAAGAAGAUAUAUUGAAUAAAAAAGAUAAGAUUAGUUUAAAUGAAAAGAUAAUGAUAAAAAAAAAUGAAAAAAUAUUCAUUACAAAAGAAUUUUGUUAUUCUAAAUAUUUAUUGUCACUAUUAUUGAUUAAUUGCAUAUUAAAUUCAAAAAAAAAUGAUGAAAAUAAGUAUUGCAAGUCUAUCCAUAUUUCGAGUAAAUCAGUACAGUAUUCUUCAAGUAAUUUUAAUAAUUUUUCAUCUCGAAAAAAAAAAUCAAAAAAUAAUUCAAAUAGAAGAAAGAAUAAGAAAAAAAAAAUAAAUCAUCAAGAGGAAAAUCAAGAAAAAGAAAGAAAAAGAAAGGGGAAUGCAAAUGGUUCUGAUUCUGAUUCUGAUUCUGAUUUUGAAUCAGACGAUGAUGAUGAAGAGGAGGAAGAGGAAGAGGAAGAGGAAGAGGAAGAGGAAGAAGAGGAUGAAGAAGAAGAAGAAGAUGAAGAUGAAGAAGAAGAUAACAAUAAAGAUGAAGAAGAUGAAGAUGAGGAAGAAGAAGAUGAAGAUGAAAAUGAAGAUGAAGAAGAUGGAGAAGAAGAUGAGAAUGAAGAUGAAGAAGAUGAUAAUGAAGAUGAGGAUGAAGAAGAUGAGGAAGAUGAAGAAGAAGAAGAUGAGGAAGAUGAAGAAGAAGAUGAGGAAGAUGAAGAAGAAGAAGAUGAAGAAGAUGAAGAAAAAGAAGAGGAUGAGGAGGAAGAUGAAGAUGGAGAUGAAGAAGAAGAUGAAGAAGAAGAUGAAGAAGAAGAAGAGGAUGAGGAGGAAGAAGAUGAGGGGGAAGAAGAAGAGGAUGAGGAAGAGGAAGCAGAAGAAAAAAAAGAAUGUAAAAAGGAAGAAAGAGAAGACGAAGAUGAAGAUGAAGAAAAUGAAGAGGAAGAGGAAGAGGAAGAUAUUGAUGAAUAUGAUGCUAAAUAUGAAGAAUACGAUGAUGAAUUUGACGAGGAAUAUGAAAUGGAUAGUGAGGAUGAAAAUUAUGAUGAAGAUGAUGAUGAAAAUGAAGACAUAGAUGACUAUGAGAAGGAAGAAGAAAAUGAGGAAGAUGUGAUGUAUGAUGAUGAACAUGAAGAAUACGAAGAGGAAGAAGAAGAAUUAAGUGACAAUGAUGAAUAUAAGUAUAAUGAAGAGAAAAAUUUAGAUAAUGAUGAUGAAAAAAAAAAUAAAAAGAGAGAAAAAAAAAACAGAGGCAAAUAUACUUAUGAAAACAAAUAUGAAAGUGAGCAUGAAACAUAUAGAAAUGAUAAUUAUUAUAAUGAAAAAAAGAAUAUUUAUCUUAAAAAAAAAAAAAAAAAAUUUAAACAUAAUUAUAUAUAUUUAAAAAAUUUAUUUAAAGAAAAUGUAUGUAUAAAUACAUUAAAUGUUUCAAAUUUUAUAUCUGUUAGUAAAGAUAAGCUAACAGCUACUUAUACUGCAUGGGGAAAGCAUACUGAUAUUGCAUGUGUUCAAGUUAACAAAUGUGCUUUAAGAGAUUGUAGUAUAUAUUAUUUUGAAGUUGAAGUCUUAAAUUGCACAAAUUUUUCUAAAAUUGUUAUUGGAAUGACAAGCAAAAAUUAUACUAUUAAUAAAAAUCCUGGUUCAGAAUAUAAUUCCUUUGGAUAUAAAAAUGAUGAUGGAAAAAAAAUUAUUGAUGGAAAAAUUGAAAAUUAUUGUAGUGGGUAUGCAAAGCAUGAUAUUAUUGGGUGUGGUAUUAAUUAUUUUGAUAAUAGUGCCUUUUUUACGAAAAAUGGAAAAUACUUAGGUAAAGCUUGCAUAAUAAAUUCUAAGUAUAAUUAUUAUGCUACUGUUGGUUUGAGUACAUUAGGAGAUAAAAUUAAAUUUCAUUUAAAUAAAUUCUGUUUUGAUAUUUAUAAUUUAAUUUAUGAAGAAAGUGAAAAAGAAAGAAAAAUAAUAAAAUCCAUUUACAUUCAAAAAGAUAUAUUUUCAGAUAUCAUUAAAUCGCAUUUGCUAAAAUGUGGCUAUUUAAAAACUUACAAAUGCUUUGUAAAUUACUUAGAAAAAAAUAAAGUUUCUGAUGAUAAUAAUAGUAUAGAAAGCUCUUCGAAGUAUAAAAAUGGAUUAGAUGAAAAUUUUGCAACAAAUAUUUGUUCUUCUAAAUUUUUAGAAAAAAAGUCUGAUUCUUCAUCAAAUGAUAGCAAUCAAAAGGAAGAGACGGAAAAUAAAAAAAACAUAAAUGAAACAAAAAAGGUUGCAAAAAAAAAUACAAUUGACGAAACUAAUGCAUGCGAAGAGAUGGUAAAAAAAAAUGAAAUAAAUACAGAUACAAAGGAAAAUAACAAUAGCGACCAUUCUGAAGUAAAAAAAUUAACUUCUAGUAAAGAAGAUAAUACUAUAAACUUAGAGAAAUGUAAAAAAGAGGAAAGAAAGGAAAAAAUUGGUCCUUUAAAAAAUAAUACUAAUCUGAAAGAAAUAACACAAGGUGAGACAAAAAAAAAUUUUAAUUCUCUUAAUUUUGAUAAUAUUACAAUGGAAAAUAAAAUUUUAAAAAAUAUAGAAAAUGACAAAGAUGAUAAAAAUAUAUUAAAUGCUUUCUUAAUUAAUUAUUUAGAUGUAUAUGAUAAAUUGGAUAAAAAUAGCAAUACAAAGAUGCCAAAAGUAGAAUGUAAUAAUAAAAUAACUGAAAUAAAUGAUGAUACAAAAAUGAAUUCAUCGAUCAUCUCAUCUAGUAACAAAGAUAAAAUAGAUGAUAAAAAAAAGGAGGAAGUAAAAAUGGAUAAUAUAAAAUCUGAUCAUAAUGACACAAAAAAAGAUAAUCAAAAAGAUGAAGAAGAAAAAAGUUCUAAGGAAGUAAAGGAGGGAAAAGAUUUAAAUAUGAAAGAAAAUCUAAAAGAAAGAAAAAUUGUAAGUAAUGAAAAAUUGAAAAAAGAAGAAGCAAUGGAAAGUGGAAACAAAAGAGAUUUAAAAGAAACAAAAGAUGAGCAUAAUGUUAAUGAUGAAAAAAGUAGAAAAGAUGAAAAAUGUAUAAAAGACGAAAGUGACGUAAAAAUUAAAGAAGAGGUACAACAAGAAAAGAAUGUAUAUGAUGAAAAAGAUAAAAAUGAAAAAGAAGAAAAGCAAAAAAUAGAAGAUACAGAAAAAAAUACACAUGGUGAAGAUUCUUAUAACUCUUUAAAAAAGUGUGAUUUUAUUCAAUAUAACUAUUCAGAUAUUAAUCUACAAAAUUCUUUAUGGGGAUCUGAAAAAAAUAGUUUAACUAAUUUAAUAAACUUGAGGAAGAAUUCUAGUUCUUUAUUAAUAAAUAGAUUAAGAAAUAAAAGAAGUUUAACAACAAAAAAUGAUCAUAGUGAUUUAGCUGGUAAUUUUGUUAGCACAAAAAAAGAAUUAAAAAAAAGUGACAAUGACAUUAAUAAAAAAAUGCAGUUUCUACUUAAAGAAAAAAACAGCAUAUUUAAGAAUGAGAAAAAGAGAUUAAGCAAAAAGAACGGAAAAAAUUACUCUAUAGAUAAUGAAUAUAUUACAAAAUAUUUUGUGAAUUUAUAUUUAUCUAAUGAUAAGCUGAAUAGAAUGAUAGACUCUUUAGAAACAAGAUAUAUGAUAAGAAACAGCAUUAUUAAUGGUAAUAUUAUAAAUGCUUUAAAUAUAUUAGAAAAGGAAUAUUCAGAACUAUUUGCAAAAGAAAAUGCUAGCUUCUGUAUAGCGAUGCUAUAUACACAGCAAUUAAUAGAAAUCUUAAAACCUCAUAAAACACUCAUAAAAAAAAUUUCUUUAAAAAAAGCAAAAUAUAAAAAAUCAAUACAAAGUGAUGAAGAUGAUUUAUUUAGUGAAAGUAGUUAUAAAACGUAUAAUACAUUAAGUGAUAAUCAUUAUUAUGAUGACAUUAAAACGGAAUAUAAUUCAUCUGAUAGCUUGUUUUGUGAUAACUCAAAUGCUGAGAAGAAUAAUUGUAAGACACUUAAAUUAGAAAAAUUAUAUAAAAGGGAUAAACAUAAAAAAAAUGAUAAAAUAGAAAAAAACUAUAAAUAUUAUAGUAACAGAAAUAGUUUAAAAUAUAAUAAAGUAACAGAUAAUUCAUCAAAUACUUUUUCAAAAGAUGUUCAAUCCAUAUCUUUAGGCACUUAUGAAUCAAAAGAAGUUCCUAAUAGUGAUAAUAAAAAUGUUUUAACACAAAAUGAUAAAAAAGUUUAUCAAGAGGGAGUCAUAAAAGAAGAAAAUCUUAGAAAAAACAUAGAUGGAUAUGAUAAUGAUUUAUCCUUAAAGAAAGAAGAAUUAAAAAUUGAAAAAAUAAUACAUAAAAACAUAAAUUCCAAUUAUGAUGAAGAAUUUUCUAAGAAAAAUAAUUUACAAGAAGAAUAUAAUGCUCAUUAUAAUAAGUUAUCUGAAGAAUAUAAAUUUUUUAAUGAUGACAAUCCUUAUAAUAAUAAAUACAAUAAUAAAAGUUAUAAAAUUACACAUAAAGAAAAAGAAAUUUUUUUUUCAAGUUCAAAUGAAGAUAUUUCAGAUUAUGAUAGUGAUGAUUCUAACUUUAAAGAAAAGCAUUAUGAAUAUAAUGAUAUUAAUUUUGAUGAAAUAUAUCAAUAUUUAUGUAAGAAUAAAAUUUAUCCUGAUAAUAGAGUAAAAUAUAAAAAAGAUCAUUUAUAUUUAGCUUUAAUGUGGAUAAAAGAAAAACUCUCCUUAUUCAAUAAAUCAAAACUAGCUAAUGUUCGACAGUGUAUAUUAGACACUACUUCUCUAAUUGCUUAUCAAAAACCUUAUAAAGAGAAACAUGUUCGUAUGUUUUUUUCAAAAAAUAGGAAUUUGCUAACAUAUAAUUCUAUUAAUGAAGGAAUAUUAAAUAUCUGUUUAGAUGUUCCUUUAUAUUCUCCUUUAGAAAUAAUAGUGAAACAUUUAAUUUUAUGUAGAAAUUUAUUACGAGAAAAAAAAGGAAAUAUAGGUAUCAAGUAUGACUGUUGCUAUGUUUGCCAACCUUAUAAAAGAUACAUGAUAAAAAUAAAACAUCAAAAAAAAAAAAGAAGAUACUUUAAGGAAAAUACAAAAUUAAAAAGUGAAAAAUAUCCAUUAAAUGGAAAAUUUAAUGAAGAUAAGAGAUUAUCUAUUUUUCAAUAA